GGAAGUGUAACUUGCAGCAGUGUUAAGGCAGCCACUACGGCUCUGUAUCUCUGCCUCGCGAGCUCUUUAGUGGUUACUUAAAAAACUGCCCACUAGUUAAACUUGUUUCACCAGCCAACAUGUCUGUUUUGUGCUAUAAUAAAGGAUGUGGACAGCGAUUUGAUCCAGACAAUAACCCAGACGAUGGCUGCACCUACCAUCCAGGAGUCCCAGUAUUUCACGAUGCAUUGAAGGGAUGGUCCUGCUGCAAGAGAAGAACCACUGACUUCUCAGACUUUCUCAGCAUCGUUGGCUGCACAAAAGGCCCCCACAACAAGGAAAAGCCACCUGAGCCGGUGAAACCAGAUGUGACAUCAUCGGGAGAAAAGAAAGACACAGAUGACCAAAAACCAAAGUUUAACGAGUACAUCAUCUCCGCACCAAAGCCUCAGGAGGCAAUAUGCAGGCCAAGCGCCGAUGAGCCGAUGGUGAGAUUGCAGCACAAAGUCUCUGCUUCUCUGAAGCAGGCUCUCGAGAGACUGAAGCUUUCUGAAAAUACAGCAGAGAAGAAAGAGGACGAUAAUGACGAGAUCAAGAUUGGAACAUCCUGUAAAAACGGAGGAUGUACUAAAAGUUUUGAUGGACCAGCAAGCGAUUUGGAUGUGUGCUUAUACCACUCUGGAUUUCCCAUCUUCCAUGAAGGGAUGAAAUACUGGAGCUGUUGCAAGAGGAAAACCUCUGACUUUAACACCUUCCUCUCUCAAGAGGGCUGUACCAAGGGAACACAUCUAUGGAGGAAAAAAGAUGCGGAUAAAAAGGUGGUUCCGUGUCGGUUUGACUGGCACCAGACAGGGGCGCAAGUCAUCAUCUCUAUUUACGCCAAGAAUUCCAUCCCAGAGCUAUGCUACGUGGAUGCAAAUAGCACCACGCUCGACAUCCAUGUUAUCUUUGAAGGAGAGAAGGAAUUUGCGCAGAAAAUCAGCUUGUGGGGAGUGAUAGAUGUAAGUAAAAGCAUAGUGAACAUGAUGGCCGCCAAGAUCGAGGUGGCCAUGAAGAAGUCCGAGCCCAUGUCAUGGGCCCGUCUGGACCUUCCUCCCCCGCCCCUACCCAAAGAGAAGGAGAUGGAAAAAGAGGAGGCUGACAGCGAGGAUGAGGAUGAAUGAUGAGGAAUUAAAAAUCCAAACAUAGAGUGUAUUUUUAGCCGAAUCCAAGGCCACACAGACCGUUCCUUACCUCUUUUAAAGAGUCGCCUCUUUUGCUGUCAUGGAACUUUGGCCUCUACUCUUCAACCAUGUUUGCCCUUUCACUCUUAAUUGUCAACAUACUUGUUUUUGCACAUUUUUUUGUGUUUUGGUUCUUUUCUUUGUUUGAAAGAAUCUUGAUUUUUCUUUUCUUCACAGCAGCUUUUCACUCAAAUACUGGCAUAAUAAGGGGGGCCCUGACUUUAAGCACCCCUCUAAUCAAGUCAGACGAUGACUCUCUUGUUAAUUGCACUGAUAUCCCCUGGAAAAUAAAAACAUACGAUAAGUUAGGAGUCAGACGUGACCAAGGUUAAUCUCAGACCCAUAAAGCCUUUCAUGUGGACUGUUCACAUAAUCAUAAUGGACCACCAUUUAAAUAUUCAUUCCAUCCAUUCCCUAAAUUGUUUAAUUAUUGCGUUUUGUCCAUCAUCACUUCAGACUGAAAGUUUUCAUCCCAGAUAUAUUUCCCAUAUAUGUGCGACAAUUAAGUUGCUCUAUGUAGUUUGAGUAGGACAUUUGGUUCCCUAAAAUGUCCACACUUGUAUCAUAUGGAGUUUAUCUAAAUACAUUGCAUUGUAAGAAACACAACAGCUCCUUGGGACUCUUAAUUUGGAAAUUAAAUGCUAAAUCACAUUUUUCACAGUUAAAAUAGCGGAUUUGCUCCAUUUUUUUUUUUUUUACAUGAUUAUACCUGAUGCAUAUUUUGUACAAGUUUUGCUUCUAAAUUAUCACUGCUGUAUUUAUCUCCUUGUUUAUUGUCACAGCAACAUUACACAGUUUUAAUAGUAAGAAUGUACUGUAAUAUCUGAGAAUGCCAAUUGAAUACCAAGUAUUUGGAGCAAAGUACUGUAUUAUAAAAACGCUAUGGUAGACAGCAUGUGUCAAGACUUAGAAUGUAUGAAUUAAAUUUGGCUAAAUGAGACCAUAACGUAACAGAACAGCUGUUGGGGAACCAAUUUAUCUUACCAAAAAUAAACUUUUGUGUUGAACUUUUGAAA